AUGAAGCUGGCGAGGAAAUGGAGGCGAUCCAACCGCAGAGAACCAGUCGACGGAGAGGGAGGAGAUAGGUUCUCGCUUCCGACACGAGACGACUUCGAGCCUCUCGAUACUCGUGGUAUCUCUCUCUCUCUCUCUCUCUCUCUCCCUCACAAGUUUCUUCGUUUCUGCCGAUUCCGGCGUUUGAACGGUAGUCUUUACUUCUGUCUGGGGCGCCGAUGAUAUUGAAUUUUCAUUGCUUUUUUAGAGCAAUUGGAGCUGGUUUGCUCUUUCGAGAGGCAGCACGCUCGAAAUAGUCGCUUGUGGAGGGUAAGAUUCCCACUUCUGGUCGUCCAUUAGUAUCUCCUCCUUUUGAGCUAAUUCCAGCGUUGCCGACUUCUAGGGUAUUUUUUCAACGCUUCUGCUUCUCUAUGCGGGAUUUUUGACCUAUUCCAUCAUCCAACACUUUCGUCAUCCGUGGGAAUUGGUAAGGAGAAAUUUUCUUCCUACUCUAUUUGACACUUUACCCCUUUAACGUACUUAAAAACUUGAAGAGAUCUUUGAGCUCAUUAAGAUGGACAGUAUCUGGUAUUUUUAGCAUGAAUUAUUUUUUCCCUGGUCUUUGAAUAUGAGGCAUGAACACUGCUUUUGUCUCGCAUACGGCAAUAUCGAGGAUCAGGAAUUCUCUCUUCGAGUUUGGGCAUUUUUUUUGCUUAUUUGAGAGAUUUUCUUUGCAUAUAAUACAUUUUUUUACCUUUUUUCCAGCGUUUCCAUGCCUAUUUCAUGGAGGACAUGAGUGCGUGGGUAGUCACCUGUGCAGGUAUGUUGUGUACUCCUUUUUUUCUGGGAAACUAUUGCUUUAAAUUAUAUUAAUUAAACGAGAGUCAUCAUGUUGUGCCCACAUGCUUCGAUGUGUUCCUCUGUUAACUUCAGUGCACGGCAGUGUUCAUGCUGUUUCUACACCCAUUGUGGAGGGCGAAAAUGCUCAUUCUUCUCUGCCACUGUGGAAUUCUAUGUUUAAGCGGAUAGCAAAUUUACUCUUGUCAAAUGACUUAAAAAUAUAAGAUAUGUGACUUCUUAUUGUCCAGCUAUUAUUAGAUGCUAAUACAGAUGAGAUGUUAUGUAGGAGAUAGCUAUACACAGCCAAAACAACACGGUGAAUGAGUCACACCCAGAAACACAUAUUCAGUAAUGAUGUGAUUUAGAGUUUCUAAUCCAAUCAUUCCAGUAGUAGCCACUGUUUUCCCUCAUUGCUGCUCUAUGCUUCCGGUAAUCAUAGCCAUGGUUGACUUUUUGUGCGAUUACUUUUUUGAGAGCAGUAGAUGAAACAUUGGGAAAAUAUUAACAAUUGAUGAUGAAAACUUUGGAAAAAUGAAGAGAUAAUGCAGAAAAUAAAAAAAUAUAUCUUUCUAAUUAUGCAGUGAGCGCAAGCCUAUCUCACCUCUAUCUUCUUGACUUCUCUUAAUUUUGAAAGGCUGAAGUUUGUAGAAUAUGAGGCCUACAAAUCUUUUCUGGUUUUUUAAAAAAUACCGGAAUAUUUUCUAUAUGUUUGGAGUGGUGUUAUGAAUGUAUAGCAUCAGAGAGAGUGGGGAAACAUAACGUGAAUGUAGUAGUCAGUUGCUGUAUACAUAGCCUGCAAAUAGUGUAUAUAUUGCUAAGUACAGUAUGGGCUUUUUGGUAAAUACUAUUAAUUGUGCAUUAUUCCAGAUGGGAUGCAGUGGCAAGUUUUUCAAUCAUGAUCUGGAUAAACUUAUAAUAAAGCUUACAUUCGAACAAUAAAUAAAGUUCAAUUUAUGCUGAUAAAAUGGACCGAUAAUUCACCUGGAGACCGAUUUAAUUGACUUUCUUUUAAAACACUAAAUUAAUAAAAAAUGUUUAUGCAACAGUGAUGUUAUCCAAUCCAUGGGAACAUUGAUGCUGUGAUGGAACUCUUGGUCGAGAGAGAGGAGCAUAAUCAAGUUAGAUGGAAUGUCAACAAUAUUCUUGCAUAAUCUUAUGGUAAAUUAUUCUUGUCGUUAUUCAUAGAAAAUGAAAACAAAUGCUACUUCUUAUGUCCUUACAAGCUCCCCAUCAGAAUUAUCUGCACUGGUGAAUGAAGAAUAUAUAUAUAUCCCUUCUUGUGGCUGAUCUUGACGAUUUUCUUCCUGAUCUCAUGUUUGUCACUGGCAUUAGAGUGACAAAUGCUCCAACUUUCCCAAUAAAGCAGUCAUCAGGCAGAUUCAAUGCGACAGUUUUCUAUAACUGCAAAUUAUGCACACAGAUAGUUGCUAACCUAGCUGACAUAUGAGGGAGUAGAGGGAGGCUAUUAUAUCUAAAAAAUAUUAUCUAUCUCUCAACGAUGUCCAUCAAAUAAAUGUCGAAAUCCCGCAGUCUUACCUUCAGUGGCACUUUUUUUUCCACAGAUUUUUCUGCCAUACUGGCUUGCCUGUUGACCGUGAGGGGUCUCCAGGACCGGAGCUCUCCUCUUCACUGGCUAUGGUACUCGUGCUUCGUCGGAGUUCUCUUGGCCAUUUUUUGGCUCUACCACAUCUACAGGUCAAUGCCCGCUGACUUGAGAAGAGAUGCAUUCAUGAUCUUUUCUAAGUAUUAUUCCACCGUCUUCUGCUCCUCUGAGUGGUCUGUGAUUCUCAGGCUUCCACAGUUCCGGUGGGACAUCGCGUGGCUUCCUCUGGGACCUCUGAGGUAACCCCUUUGACUUCUCGGGACUUCCCCUUGUAGAAAUUCCUUCAGCCAUUGGGCACAUGUUCUGGGUUUCUCCUUGGGGGAAGAGUUGACUUUUUUUUUCUACGGAAAAGAAGGGCUUUUAAACUGCUACUCCUGUCGCUGCAGUGGCGCCCUGGCGUGCCUCUACUUGGUGCACCUUCUGGAGGAAUCCUGGGAGGAGAUUAGAAAGCUGCGCGGCUCCAUGUACUCCUACAAGGCCAACUGA